CGUCACUCUUCCUCGCGAUAGUAAGGCGAAACGUGAUUCGUGAGUUUUCGUCCACCUUCUCCGUUGGGAACCACUACAAUCCUUCUAUCGCCACUCUGGCUUCUGUACGCAGAAGUUUAUUAUCUACUUUGUCCGGUAAAUUUGGUCAACUUGCACAGAAGAACACUCAUUACCAUCAACUAUCCAUCAUGGCUGCAGACGAGCAGAAGAACAUUGUAAUUAUUGGAGGCGGUAUCAUCGGUGCCACCUCUGCCUAUUUCCUCACACAUCAUCCUUCAUAUAAUCCGGAAAAACACAAGGUCAUUCUUCUGGAAGCGACAAAAAUUGCUGGAGGUGCAAGUGGCAAAGCUGGAGGAUUAUUGGCCCUGUGGGCUUAUCCUUCCUCCAUCGUGCCACUCUCAUACAAGCUGCAUAAGCAGUUGGCCGACAAAUAUGGUGGCGAUGAGCGCUGGGGUUACAGACAGGUUCAUUGCGGUUCGGUAGACUGCAAGGGCCGUCAGCUCACCGCUAAGGACACAAUAAAGGGCAAGGAUAACGACAUGGACGGAAAGAACGACCGACCUGCCGACAGAGAAAAGAACAGCGUCAGUCUUGAAAAGAAUCCACCAAAAGUUUCUGCCAAAUUGGCGGCCAGGGGUAUACCAAAGGAUCUUGACUGGCUACAUCCCGACUGCUUGAGGAUGUACGACGAGAUGGGUGACCCCAGCACAACUUCACAAGUGCACCCUUACCAAUUCACUACUGCUAUGGCCGAACUGGCCGCAGAGAAGGGUGCCGGCGUUCGCAUUGGUGCUGCUGUCAAGAGCAUUAAUUACACCAAGGACGGCAAGGGCGUCGAAAGUGUCACAUACGAAGACAAGAACGACGACAAUAAGGAGGUGACCAUCUCCGCAACUGAUGUAAUCAUCUCUGCCGGCCCAUGGACAAAGACUGUCUACCCAGACGCUCCUAUCUCAGCCACUCGAGCACAUAGUGUCACUAUUCGCCCGACUCGUGAGAUCAGCGCGUACGCUCUGUUCACGGAGAUCAGACUACCCGCUGGUUUCGGAGCAAGGAACGACAAAGCCAAGAAGUCUCGAGGCGAGCAACAUGUUUCGCCGGAAAUCUACACCAGACCAAAGAACGAAGUCUACGCUUGUGGUGAAGGAGAUCAUAUGGUGCCUCUUCCCAAGUCGUCUGAUCUUGUCGAGGUUGAUGAGCAGAGAUGCCAAGAUGUCGUGGACUAUGUGAGCUCCAUCAGCGACGAACUACGAGAUGGAGAGGUCACAGCACGACAGGCCUGCUAUCUCCCGAACGUUCAAGGGGGUAAUGGCCCAUUGAUUGGCUACACUGGAGUCAAGGGUCUCCUGAUGGCAGCUGGUCAUACAUGCUGGGGCAUUCAAAAUGGCCCAGCUACUGGUAAGCUUAUUUCUGAGUUCGUCUUUGAAGGUGGUGCGAAGUCGGCCAAGAUCAAUAGCUUGGAUCCUCGCUUAUUGUUGUAGUACCUCACCUUGCUCUAAAUCAGAAUGUCGACCUCUUGUGAAUACAAUCUCUCUUAAGAUUACCACUGAACGACACCGGUCUGAACGCCUCG